AUGACGACCACGCUGUUUGCCACUCUCUGGACGCUGUUCUUGGCGGUGCGGUGUGCGCUCUUCACCCUGCCUUGGCUCUUGCACCUCCUCGUCUCAGACAUCUUGCUUUCCUGUCUGCUCCCUGUCUCCGCUGUGGCCCCACACCUGGCAUACAAUCUCUCCUCCACCGUCGCCGAGUCGGUGUGGCACGCCAUCCAGCUCAUCUUCACCCGCCUCAACCGCGCCAAGAUUGUUGUGUCCGGCAUCGAUGCCUUGCCUCCCCGCGAGAGUGCCAUCGUCGUUUCCAAUCAUCUUGAAUGGUGCGACUUCUACCUCAUCCAGGAGCUCGCGCUGCGACGUGGUAUGCUUGGCAAGUGUCGCUACUUUGCGAAAAGUCAGCUGAAGUGGGUGCCGUUUCUGGGCUGGGGUCUGUGGGCCAUGGGCAUGCCCUUGGUGACCAGGAAAUGGACCCAGGAUCAGCGAGAGAUGGACAGAGUCUUCAAUGGCAUUCUGCAGCGUCGCUGGCCAGUGUGGCUCAUCUCAUACAGUGAGGCGACAAGAAUCACAACCGCAAGACGCGAGGCAGCCGAAAGGUGGUGCAAAGCCAAUGACAAACCACUCGGCAAGCACGUACUGUAUCCACGAACCAAGGGCUUCAUCGCAUGUGUACAGCAACUUCGUCAAGCGUCUCAUGUCAACGCCGUCUACGAUGUCACGCUUGCGUAUGCUAAAGAUGGUCGCGUCUUCCAAGCUCCUCCUACCUUUGCGCAAACCCUCUCUCAACCUCACUUGGACCGAAGCUGGACUUUCUACGUCCAUGUAGACCGAUAUGAGCUUGAUGUGCUGCCGUCUGAAGACGACCAGCUAGCGCAAUGGCUCGAACGUCGAUGGCUCAGCAAGGGUGAGCGUUUAGAGCAGCUGAACCAACGACUGGUCAAGAAAGAACCAUGGCACGGCGACAUAGUGUCCACAAGCAAGCUUGAAUGA